AUGACAACAAAUGGAAACGAGGUUUGAUUUUUUGCACAUAUUUAUCCCCGACUCUUUGUAUUGCUUGGGCUAUUUGAACAGCGGGUCUUUUUUCGAUACAAUUCUAUUCCACGUAUCAUUUUGAAUUAUUAUAUAAUUUAAUUCAAAUUUAUUUUUAUUGUCCUUUCUCAUUUCUCUACUUUCUGUACUAUUUUGUCUGUUUGAAAAUGUCCGGUCAAGUGGUAAAUUGGGUUUUUGCUUGGGAAAAAUUUGGCAGUAUCUUGAUUCUCAAAUGUCCGAAAAACUUGGGAUUUCUUCAGAAAUAUUGGAAUUUUUCGACUGAAUUUUCCAGAUGCAGAGAGUUUUUCUGACUUCUGUAGUUUCAAAUUAAAAAAACACUUUUUUUGAAAAAUGUAACUUUCAAUCUAUUUUUGAAACCUCCGUUUUUCUGAAGAAUCCCAAUAUUUUUUGGACCUGAGUCUAUCAAGAUAGAGCCAAAAUUCUAAAUCAUAAAAACAUUUCUAGGGUCUCGAAUCGUGCAUUGAGAACAGUCACAAUAUAAUGGCAUCAUCAGCUGCUGAUUUAGAAGCGUUUCGCGCCCGAAAAGUCGCAUUGAUCACUGGAAUCUCUGGUCAAGAUGGAUCAUAUUUGGCUGAAUUACUCUUGUCGAAAGGUUAUAAAGUUCAUGGAAUUAUUCGGAGAUCUUCGAGUUUUAAUACUGCAAGAAUUGAGCAUCUCUAUAGUAAUCCCGUGACACAUCAUGGUGAGUUAUUCAGGAUAUUUUAUGGUUAAGUUGGGAUGAUUUUUUUUACCUAAUUUGUUUACAAACAGCCACAUCAAAGCUAUUUUAUCACUCCCUAAACGAAAUCACUAAAAAUUCGGCGUAACAUUAAAUGUUUCCAUCAAUAAUGUGCAAACACCGCUUCGUUUUUUUUGAAAAAUCAACGCGCGUUGCGAGACACGGGAGAAAAAUUGUGUGCGCCUUUGAUGAGGGGUACAGUAGAAGUAUCCGUGAAUUUUUAUUUCUUUCUAGCUAAAGAUUUUUGGGCCUAGAUUUUGAUAAGUUAGCCUAACUUUUUCCAACUAUUAAAUAUUUUACAGAAUUUUUUAUCGAUAUUUUCAAUUUUUCCGAAAUCCCUCCCCAAAAAACUCACCAAUCGCUUCUAUUUCUCGAAUCACACAAAAAUCAAUCAAAAUUCUUGAGAAAAUCGAAAUCCUCCAAAGUUUCCACGUUAUUGAAAUUGAAAUCCAAUUUUCUUCUCACGCUUAGAAUCAUUUUGACCCUGAAGACACAAAAAUUUCAAUCGAAACAGUGUUUCUCUAGAAAAAACCCACUUUUCUUCGAUAAUCCUCGGAUUUUCCGUUGGAAUCGAUAAUUUCAGCUUUGUAGAAUAUCUAAAAAUUCAAUUUUUGACUGAAAUCCACUGAUUUUCCUCGGAAAACUGAAAACCCAAGGAAAAAAACAGAAAAUGAAAUUCCGCUAAACAUCGGGCAAGCGGAGUGUCGUAGUAAAAGCAGCGACACUCGGCUUGCCUGUUGUUUAAUUUUCUCACACUGUUUGAGCGGAGUGUCGUUAUUUUAUGUGUCACGUCACAGUGCCACGUUGCAAUGUUUUUUUAAAUUUAAAUUUCACAAAAAAAAAUAAUACGACUUGCGAUCAGAGAAAAUCGCAUUUUUUCUUUGAAAUACGGAUGUUUUUUCUGUUGAAUUUUCUUAGCCUCUUUUAAUCUUACCUUAUUUUCAGGCGAUUCCUCAUUCUCUCUUCACUAUGGUGAUAUGACCGAUUCAUCAUGUCUCAUCAAACUUAUUUCAACAAUUGAACCAACUGAAGUCUAUCAUUUGGCAGCUCAAUCUCAUGUCAAAGUUUCCUUUGAUCUUCCUGAAUAUACAGCUGAAGUUGAUGCGAUUGGAACUCUUCGACUUCUCGAUGCAAUUCACGCUUGCAAAUUGACUGAAAAAGUCAGAUUCUAUCAAGCUUCAACUUCCGAAUUGUAUGGAAAAGUUCAAGAGAUUCCACAAUCCGAAAAAACUCCAUUUUAUCCAAGAAGUCCAUAUGGUGAGUUUGUGAGAAGCGGGAUUUUCAUAGCAUUACAAAAUAUGACUGCAAAGUUUUUAGGGCGUGGCAAAUUUUUUGCUUAAAAUAAAAAUGUUUUAAUUUUCUAGAUUAAAAAAAAUAAUAAUUAACAAUUUCCAGCCGUUGCAAAAAUGUAUGGUUAUUGGAUUGUUGUCAAUUACCGCGAAGCUUACAAUAUGUUUGCUUGUAAUGGAAUUCUUUUCAAUCAUGAAUCUCCAAGAAGAGGAGAAACCUUUGUGACACGAAAAAUCACCCGUUCGGUCGCCAAAAUCAGCUUAGGACAACAAGAAUGUGUUGAACUUGGAAACUUGAGUGCUUUGAGAGAUUGGGGACAUGCGAGAGAAUAUGUUGAAGCAAUGUGGAGAAUUUUGCAAAACGACAAACCUGAUGAUUUUGUGAUUGCGACCGGAAAACAAUUUAGUGUCAGAGAGUUUUGUAAUUUGGCAUUUGCGGAAAUCGGAGAGAUUUUGGUGUGGUCUGGUGAAGGUGUUGAUGAGGUUGGCAAAAAUGCGGAUGGUGUUGUGAGAGUUAAAGUUAGCCCCAAGGUUGGUGUUUUAAUGGGUGGAAAAUAUAGUAAGACAUGAGUGAGUUUUCAAAUGAUCUGGGCGAAAACUCAUAUUUUGAGUUCGCUCACUUGUUUGGGUUUUGAGUUCGCUCACUCAUUUCAAACCGGUUUUCGCUCAAAUAUCGCUCAGUUCUGAUUUGAUUAGAAUUGGUGGAUUUUUGGGUUUUCGGAUAUGGGAAAUCGAUUGGUGAUAAUAAUUCGGCCUAAAAGUAACUUUUAAAGGCACAGGGCAUGAAAAAUGGAUUUUUGUGAAACUUGAAAUUAAAUUGAAAAACUAAAAUGAUCAUAACUUUUUUAUUUUUCAAGCUUUUUCAAAUAUCUCUGAACCAUUGUGACGUGCUCAUCCUCAGCUAAAUUUUUGCUCUUCGGACCAACAUUCCAAAUUUGCUCUAACAUUUCAAAUUUGCUCCGAAGAGCAAAAAUUUAGCUGAGGAUGAGCACGUCACAAUGGUCCAGAGAUAUUUGAAAAAGCUUGAAAAAUAAAAAAGUUAUGAUCAUUUUAGUUUGGGCUUUUGCGCCGAAUUAUUAUCACCAAUCGAUUUCCCAUAUCCGAAAACCCAAAAAUCUACCAAUUCUAAUCAAAUCAGAACUGAGCGAUAUUUGAGCGAAAACCGGUUUGAAAUGAGUGAGCGAACUCAAAAAACUGGUUUCGCUCGAGUUUUUUCCAAACCAUGUCCAACUAUAGUGGAAAAUUUUCUAUGCUUUUUAGGAUUAGAAAUUUAGAAAUUUAUUUAUUAGUUCUUAUUAGCGAGGUAAUUGAAGUAUCCUUCAAUUUCUCAGGAAAAAAAAAACCCAUUUAAAAAUAAUCCCAAGUUAGAGAAUUUUUUGGAAUUCCAAUUUUAUAGUACUACCGUCCAACGGAAGUCGAAACUCUUCUCGGCGAUGCAACAAAAGCCAAAUCAAUUCUUGGCUGGGAAGCAAAAGUGACAGUUCCAGAACUUGUUAAAGAAAUGGUUGCCAGUGAUAUUAUUUUGAUGAAAUCAAAUCCAAUGGCCUAA